AUGGACGAUGCCUAUGGCAGCUACUACUCCUACUACAGCCGCCCCCGCGAUGCUCAGCCCAUAGUCAGGCCUGAUCCCAUCACCGACUACAACAUCCAAUAUGUGGAGGGCAGCGGGUCGAGUCGUGGCAAGAGCAUCGACCUCGUCUUCAUCCUGGACUGCACUGGGUCGAUGCAGAAAUAUAUCAAUUCGGUCCGCGACCAUAUCAUUGGCAUCUGUGACAUGAUCCGAGGGGAGGAGGGGUUGAACGGCCCUGACGAUCUGCGAGUCGCUGUCGUCAACUAUCGAGACCACCCGCCCCAGGACAGCACCUACAUCUACAAAUUCCACCCCUUCACCUCUGACAUUCCCGAGCUCCAAACUUACAUCAAAGGCCUCACAGCUUCAGGCGGAGGGGAUGGCCCCGAGGCAGUGACGUCCGCUAUGGCCGCCACCCUGACCGAGCUCGAGUGGAGGCGGGAAGCGGCGAGAAUGGCAGUGUUGGUGGCGGACGCUCCCCCGCACGGAAUCGGAGAAGGCGGUGACCAGUUCAAGGGUGGUGAUCCUCUGGGACACGACCCUCUGGUUGUUGCGAGGACAAUGGCUCAGAACGGUAUCACUAUGGCAAGUAUUUUUAUGGUCGCUUGUGAAGACACUCUUUCGGGCUACAGCCACGCCGUCGACUUUUUCCAAGCCAUCUGCAAUAUGACCUCCGGCGUCAUGCUCCCCCUCUUCUCCGCCGACUUGCUCGCCAUGACCAUUGUCGGAAGUGUUCUCGAGAAUAUGGACAUGGAGCGACUCAUAACGGAGAUCGGCAUGGAGGUGGCGCAAAGGAUCAAGGAGAAGGGAGAGUCCAUGGAGAGUGUUGAAGAAGUUGCGCAAGAAUUGCACGAGCGAUUGCUCUUGCGAAAUGAACAGACCAAGCAAGUCCGUUUACCGGAAGUCUACGUCCCGCACGAGAAUGCCAAAAAGAACGUCUCCACCUGGAUGAACGCCAGCUGUCUCGGCGAUGCCGUCCCCCACAUCCUCGCCGUACCGGGAAAACGCCUGACUGAAAAGUUCCGUAAACAAAACUACGCCGCCGGGUUCAACUACACCCCCGGCGGCCGUCUCCCCCCACGCCGCUCCACCUCCGCCUCCAUCUCUUCCCCACCCUCCACCACCACCACCUCCGCGCUCGGUAUCCCGCCCACCCCCUCCUCCCCCACCGCUCACUCCCCACCUACAGCAACCUCCCCCUCACGCAGGGUCGUCUCGGACUUUAAACCGUUCGGCGCGCCGGCAGCUGGGGAUGGGAAAGGAGUGAGCGUCUUUGGGGCGCCGAUGCUCUCGACGCCGGGGCCUGGUGGGGGGAUGUUUGGGAGUAUGGGGAGGGCGCCGGCUAGUAAUGGGGGCUUGAGAGAGAGGCAGGAGGAGGAGGAUGAUGAUGAUGAUGAUGAGGGGGCGAGGUUGAGGAGGGAGGCUAUCAGUUUGGACCAGGCGAGGCGUAUCGCUACCCAGGCGGUAUUCCGGGCUGGCGGAUUCUGA